UUUUAAUUCCACGUAUUACGUUUUUGGCCAGGAGUUUGUCUGCUCGUCGAUUUCCUUUAACUUCUAAAAAUAACCGCGCACAAAGCAAAACUCCGACGCCGUUGAACCAAAAUAUUUCACGCCUGUUAGUGUGGUUUCUUCGCUUUUAAUUCUUGCACAUCUUCCAGAUUGUUAAAAAAUGGGAAACUUGGGCAGUACUGUGCGCGACGAAGAAGAACCAGACCUGUUCUGGACCAAUGGGCAAACUGGGCUCGAAGAAGUUAACGGCGAAAACGGUGAGAGUUCGUUGCAAGCGCCAGUUUCUUCGGUUCGCAUCAGUCUAAACCAACUAAGCGAGGAAAAACGGCUGGAAUUAAACGAGUUCAAGUUCGACAUGGAGCGAAAGCACGAAAAGCGAAGAGAAAUUCUGGAUGCGAAGAAAAAACAGUUCGAUGAUCUGCGGGAAACUGUGAAAAGACUCACCGAAGAAAACGAGCGGCUCAAAUCGCACAACAGUUCCCAAAAGAGCGCAGAUGAGCACACGAGGCUGCUGAUGUCGACUAAAAAUCCUGGAGGAGUUCCUGUAGAAGAGCUUGAGAGAGUUCUGAGUGAAAAUUGCGUGAUGCCAGACCAGGCGGAAGAUUUGGAUAAAACCAACGUCCUCCUGGACAAAAACAGGCAGCUACGAAUCAGCAUAGCGGAAAUGCAGGCGGAGCUGCAAAGUUUGAACAGCGUCGUAGUAGAUUUCGACAGAGAGAGGGAGGAGUACAAGGCGCAUGUGGUCGCUCUUAAGGACGUGAUAAACGUGUCGAAAAAAAUGCUUCUCAUCAGGGAGUCGCAGCUCAAAGAGUUGAGAGAAAAAGUGGAAAGCAUCGAAGUGUCCCUAUCAGGAAAAGAGAUGAACAUCCUUUCGCAGGACCUCAGGAUGGAAUAUGAGCGGCAGCUGCAGAGCAUCAGAAACCUGAGAGUUUUGUACGAGGAGCGCCAGCAGACCGACCAGGCGGAAAAGCGCGAGCUCAAGAAAACUCUGGACGAGACCAAGAAGGAACUGGAGGCCCAACAAGCGCAAACCAAGGAAGCCGAAGAACGGAUCAGUGAACUGGAGGACAUCAACUCGCAAAAGUACGACCAGAUCAAAGCCCUGGAAUCGAACCUCGGCCUCACUACAGCUGAAUCCAGACAGUACCAGGCGGAACUCACAGUCAUCAACCAACUAUUCUCGGAGAUUCUUCUAGGAUUCAACAGUUCUCAGGAAAUCAAUUUGGACAUCCUGACCAAACACCUCGAGGACAAUCACGCACUUUUACAAAACAUUGUCAACAACGAGUCUUCAUCUGCUUUGCCCAAAGUGCUGCUAGACUUGGUCUAUCAAGUGCACAGUGAGGAAGAGAAAAACGGUGCCAUUCGAGAUGAGGCUCGAUUGGGCACAAUCAUUGAAGAAGCAGACUCCCAGGCAGCGCCCGAUCAGAUCAACAGUGCCGCUGAGAUCGUGGAAUUGCUGCCGAAAGUCUGGCGAGUCCUCAUAGAGCUGUUAAGCCACCACAAGGUGCCGCCCAACAUAAUCGACGAAGAAUCCACUGAUGAUAGUCCCUGCUAUAAAACCGUGCAAACCCCCAAAGGCCCAAGCUUAGUGCUGAGCGUGAGCCAAACCUUCAUCAGACUGAAGGAUUUGAUUUUGGAAAAAAAGUCCCUUGAAAAGGAGACCGGCCACUUGAAGCAGCUGAACACCCAUCUGGAAAGCCGGCUGCAAGACCAAGAGAAGCGGCUUCAAACAGUUUCAACUGAACUGAACAAGACCUGGCAUGUGGUGGGAAAGUUGCAGAAGGAACAUCAGCUGCUCCACACUCAGGAGAAAAUCCUGCGAUACGAGCUGGCUCAGAAGAGAAAACUGCUGACCAGCUUGAGGGAAGAGCUGCAAUACUCGCGCGAAAAGUGGCAGGAGGCGAGGGAAAAAAACUCGAAAACCGAAAAACAGUGGAAGCAGCUCAGAGUGGAGUUCGCAACUAGAAGAAACACCAUCGUGAAUGACGAAUUCAACAACAGCCAGGAAAGCGGUUAUAGUGAUGAACGAUGCUCCAGUGAUGAUGAGCCAGGAUACGAAACAGACGUCUCAGAAUGCGCACCCAAACCAACAGAACCGGAAGCCAUCGAAGAAGUGCAUUGCUGUGAAGCAGAAGAAAGCAGAUCUGAAGCUCUGGAGUCGAAAAUCCAUUUAACGCAAAGGCGCAUUGAGCAAGGCAGCAGAGCGAUAGAAUCAAGCGCUGAAAAUGCGCAAAGUGACGCUCAGAGCCAAGGAAAAGAAGAAUCCUGCACAGAAGCACCAAUUUUGGAUGCAACUGGUAGCAGCAGUGAAGACCCUCAGGUCCCAAGCAGUUCCACAUCGGCAGAGCGACCGAAAACUCUGGAAGAAAUGUUGGCAGCAAAAGAAGAACGGCUGAAGCGGCUGGAGGGCCAAUGUGGGCAACUCAUGCAGCAAGUGAACGGCACCACGCAGAAAAGCCUGAUGAUCUCGAAUAAAUUAGAUGACUUGCACGAAGUGUAUGGGGAGCGAUCAGCGGCUCAACCCACUGAAGAUACUGAGAACAACUGUGAUGCACCCGCAAGCAGCGAAGACUCAGUGCCUUAACUAUUUGCGAUGUUUUGCUUAUUGCACCUACACCCCGAUUUUCCUUAAGAAAAUCCUCUUUACUGUACCUGGUCCUGUCCUGUCUCCUAUUCGUCUGAUAAUGUACCUAUAUUUAUGUGGGUAGGUACCUAUCUGUAAUAUUUUUUAGAAUUUAUACAGCGAAUAAACGUAAUUUAUUUUUAA